AUGGCUGGAAUAAUCCGCCGGCAUAAAACUAUAUUUGGAGGUUCUAUGUUCAACUUGGAUGAGAUAGAUGAGGAGCCUGAGCUCUCACCACCCUCCCUACGUCGGGUGAAGACAAGCAAACCGGUACGAAAGACAUCCCGAGCAAAGGAACCUUUGCGAGCUGUUCGAUCAGACCCACCACCGGGAACAUGCUGUUCUCCUGCCACCGAACUUGCUUCCAGGCGAGGUGUUUUCAGUCGACGACACUACGGAUCCGUGGAGCUGCUCAUAUCAUGUGACGCUGGUGGUGCUAUUCAAAAUGCCGGUAGAUUCAGGGUAGAAGACGGUGAAAUAAGAGAUGAAGUCCAUAUUCCUAACGCUGGUACUGGUACAGACAUCCAUCUAGAAAAUCCAGAAUAUCAGACAAGAUGGUAUUUUAAGUACUUUCUAGGAAAACUUCAUCAAAACUAUGUAGGUGCUGAUCUUGAAAAGAAUGCCUUCUUCCUGUCUGUUGUGUUAACAGACGCCAACAACCAUAACGUGCCACAGUACCGAGCAAUCUUAUGGAGAAAGACGGGAACACAGAAGAUUUGUAUCCCAUAUAACCCAACGAAACCAUUAACAGUUAAGUCUAUCUUAAGCCGUUUUGAAAUGAAAACUGAAAAAGCGCCAAAGGAAAUUUACAACCCGGAAAUUCAGAAGGAACUCUUGCUUCUAGAAGAACAAGAAGGUUCAGUCAAUUUCAAAUUUGGUGUCUUGUAUGCGAGAGAAGGUCAGACGUCAGACGACGAAAUGUUCAGUAAUGAACACGGAGACAAUGCGUUCCUGAAGUUCGUCAGUCUUCUCGGCGAUCGCAUCAGUCUGAAAGGAUGGGACAGAUUCAACGCUGGUCUCGAUGUGAAAAGUAACACAACGGGUACUAAAUCUAUUUACACUAUUUAUGAAGGACAUGAAAUCAUGUUUCAUGUGUCAACCAUGUUGCCUUAUUCAAAAGAUAAUAAACAACAGGUGGAGCGUAAACGGCACAUCGGUAAUGACAUCGUCACCAUAGUAUUCCAAGAAACAUCUGAUUCAAACGUCCAGCCAACAUUCAAACCGUCAAUGAUCAAGUCACAUUUUACCCAUAUAUUUGCUUUAGUGACGUAUAACUCAGAAGAUGACAGCUACAAGCUUUCGGUAUUUUCAGAAGAAUCUGUUCCGUUAUUUGGCCCACCCCUGCCUUCCCCGCCUGUCUUUAAAGAUCACAUACAGUUCAGAGACUUUCUUCUUGUUAAACUAAUCAAUGGAGAAAAAGCAGCAUUCAAUACACCAACCUUUGCUAACAAGCGACAGAGGACUUUGGAUAUGCUCAUUAAAAACUUGCAUCAGGAACUACUACCGGAGGUUAGCAAGCAAAAUAUGUUAAACAAGCGAUCCUUCAGUGACGUCAUACCGGAAGCUCAACGAGGCGGGAAAAGUAGAAAGGAGGAGCAAAGGCAGUCGGAAUUCCUUAGGAUAGGACAGAUGUUGAAACUACAGACUAUUGUGAAAGGAGACGCUCCUACAAGUCUUGCCACCACAAGUCUGUUCAGACGCGAGCCAUGGGAACCACACUGCAUUACCUCUGAUUUUCCUCAUCACAUUGUUUGCGGCGACACAUGGGGCGACAGACUAGUGGUCGGUACUGACGUCGGUGUUUACAUCUUAGAAGAGGGAAUCAGUGCCCGUCUCAUCUUUGACAAGUCCGUGCAUGUAAAACAGCUGAGCGUGGUCGAGGCGCAUGGAUUGGUGCUAUUCAGAGCAGACAAAGGCAAAGAUUGUAAAGUGUACGUGUUCAGACUGUCAGAUUUUGAGGGAGAACAAAAUGAAUAUGUAUUACGAACAAAAACUGACUGUAAAGAUCAUAAACUAGAACGAACAAGAGGAUGUCAUCUAUAUUCGCUGAGUAGACCGGGCGGGAGCCACCUACGCAUGUGCGUUGCUAUCGGUAAAAAGUUACUCCUGAUGACAUGGAAACACAGUGCUGCGUGGACAGCUUGGUGCACGGCGGCAGACACGGACACUAUCGAGGGGUUCCAAUACGUACGGGAACUGUAUGCAGGGGACGUGCCAAUCUUAAUGACACUUAUUGAUGGCGGGAAAGGCGACAACCAAAUAUGUGUCGGCUACCGGCACCAGUUUGACCUAAUCAACGAAAAGAACGGCGACACGUUCCGUCUGCACCAAGUCGAGACUAGUAAGGUUAAUUUGGUUACGGCAUUGGAUAUUUAUGAAGACGACGAGGCCGAGUUAUUACUAUGUUAUAGCCACGUUUCUCAGUUUAAGAAGUUGACUGGAGACCAAUCAUCAGACUUUGAUAUCCAUUGGAACUCGCCACCUACGGCUGUCGUCUGUGCAUUCCCGUACAUACUGGCGUUCACACCUGAUACUAUUGAGAUACGUCUGGUUGUCAAUGGCAACCUGGUAAAUGAAAUGACGAUGCCGAGACUCAGCCUCAUCACGUCAAAGUCUGACUUAUACUUUACAACGUGUGCUGGCGAGACUGGGAACUCAAGUGGAAAGGAGAAUGGUCAAAGCCGUCCACUCAGUCCCCUUGGUUCGCCUACGUCAUCGGGGCCUCCCAGUCCACAGGCAAUACAAGUGUUCAAGAUUCCUCUUAACUGUUUGGUUGGUCAGAUGACAGAACGUCCGAUACCAGCGCCUUCCAAACCACAACCACCAAACAUCAUUACCCCUAUUGUGAAUAUCCCAGAUAACGGAGUGCGUAGGUACGUACAGAUGGACGAGAGGAUGACGUCACCGCGCCUAGGAAGGCAUCCACCGCUCGAACGAGGAAAACGGAUUCAUUAUCGCGGUGCCAACGAUCCUCUGACAAUCAAUGACGCACGUGCAGAAUUGUUUGGAACAGCGCCACCUCGCUCCAAGACGAACUCACCACCACCAGUGUGGAUGGAGCGCGACUCUCGCUCUGAUUUAUUCACAUCGGCAAAAACAAGGAGUAGCUAUGAUACAUUAUUGGACCCAGUGGAUCCACGAGCAGAACUGUUUGGUUCGAACGUUGGGUCACGGCAGAAUUCCACCCAGUCGGAACCGGAUCAUCACAACACAGGUUUCCGAUUCGGGCACCGAAAUAGAGUUCCCGAGCGAACCGGAUCGACAAAUUCUGAACCGGAUGCCCGAACUGAACUUCUUAGAAAAUCACCCGCCAAAGGAUUGAUGGGGAGGGUAGGAUCUACUCCCGCCGACUUGUGUAAUCCACGCUCUGAAUUGUUGGGUCUACAUUCUUCCUCAACUUCAGAACGGGCGAGUUCGGCGAGCCACUCCAUGUCCAGUUUAAGUUCCUCGCCGUUCAGACUAUCUUCAUCUGUCGAUGACGAGGAGGACAUCGACUUGAAAUGA